AUGCCGGAAACAAAGGCGACAGGGAAUGCGACCGAGUACCUCGAGAAGUGCGACCGCACCUUGGCUGGCAUGCCAUCCGAGAUCCUCCGGCUGAUCCUGCAUCAUGUUCUGGUGGACGAUGCGGUCAUCACAUGCACUCAGACAGGUACUGGGGUGAGCCUAAACUGGAGUAAGAGAACGGCGCCUGACCUCAUAUUCGUUUCGAAGCGCUUUGGGGCCGUGGCGAAGGAUGUGAUCGCAGAGGAAGCGAUCAUGGUGUAUAACGCUGAGCACCAAGCCAAAACAUUCCUGGAUGCUAUCUGCAACGGCGCUCAACAGGAUUGGGAGGAUACAUUGAACUUGUCACCCAUCCCUGAACACAUUCGCAGCAAGAGCCAGGAACUCCGCAUUUACCAGCGGAAGCUCCUGCGCGGUGGUGUGUGUGAUCGUUUAGACGUCAAUAGUUUCCCGUCACUGCGCAAGGUCGAUCUCGUUGUCGAUAAUAUCGAGGAUUGGGCGAAUAAUUUCAACUCGACGUUGCUUUACAUUGCAGCUCAGGGCAAUGCGUUUGUGCAAACGGUCCAAACGAAGCUCACCAGUGUUGUUGAGACCAUCACCAAUCCUGAUUACCUAUCAGUCGAUGUGGCCAGAGAGCUCAAGACCGCCACCGCCACACUCCUGGCUUUGUGGCGUAUCGUUUCGAGAAGCAUGGGAAUCACCAGCUUGAUGCCCAUUGUGUUGCAGGAAGCACUGUCUGUCCGCAUGCGCGCAGGUCAUGCAUCCACAGAGGCGUUGUUGAUAGAGAUCUGCGAGAGACACAUGGGUAUUGCGAGAUCACGAGUUGACGGCCUUCUUGACCAUACACUCCUGGCCGUGCAUUUCACUACUCGAGUUGACGGAACAUCCAAAGCAUUCGCCACUGUGACGUUCUCUAAGGACGAGACGCGGGCAGUAGUCGAACCUGAUGCUGUCGAUGGCGUCCUUCAGAACCUGUCCGCCGGUAUCAACGACUUCCUCAAAACUAGUGGCGCCGAGCUCUAG